AUGUCAAUCAACGGGACCAACGAAAUCGCAGCGCUCUAUCCACCACCGCCACCCUACGUCAAACACUUCACGGCGGAAAAUGUUGCCAAGAUCGAAGAACUCAAAAAAUCCGGUGCCAGUCUCGAUCAUUUGGAGGAUGAGCUAGAUCAUCUUGUUCCUCCAAAUAUCCCUACAGAAGGUCAUUAUAGGGCUUUUGGAAGCGUUUGGCAGGUGAAAGAUGAGCUCCCGGACCUUGCCAGCAUGGGCAUGACGCAGUUGUACCAAUCUCGUGAAAACCAUGAAGGCGGGAGUUCAAGUUACCAAGAUAAGAUACAAGAGCUACACAAACUUAUGCGAUCUUUAUUGCUGAAUUUCUUAGAACUCACAGGUCUCCUGAGUGUGAAUCCUGAACAGUUUCCCGCAAAAGUCGAACACAUCCAAACCAUCCUGGUCAACAUCCACCAUCUCUUGAACGAAUACCGACCUCACCAGUCACGUGAGUCGCUCAUCAUGUUACUGGAAGAACAACUAGAGGGCAAGAAGCGUGAGAUACAGAAUAUUGAGCAGGUGUGUGCUCAGGUCAAGGAGAAACUACUGCAGAUGGUGGGCGAGACACAGGAAGAUGUGGGAAACCAGCAAGUUGUGACAGAGGAAAGUUGA